GGCGAACUGACUGACCAGUGGGUUAUCAUUGAGAGAACCGUACGGCGCGCCGAGCCGCACGGAUGUCUUACCGACAUCGUGCCGUGACGUUAUCAGGAGAGCCGUAGGGCCUUGCCUGUGCCGCUUGCGCUGACCGCACGAUCUUGCUCUGUUCUCCCGGGCCCUCAGAUAUCGCAACCCGUUGACAUAGCGACUAUGCCGACAUUAGUGGGGAGCAGUGCUCUUGCUGCGAAGUCGACACCUCACCUCUUGCCACGUGGCCAUGCGCCUACGUGUCAUCGGCCACGUGUCCCCUUAUCCUCGUCGUUCACCACUCGUCUCUCCCCGCAUUUUAGCGGCUCCCGACCCUCCCUUCUCCGGUUUUCACGGCCGUUAGGGUCCCCUUGCCGGGCCGCUCAAUCCGGCGGAAAAAGCGCCGGCGAUCGCGGAGAAGCACCGGCAGACGCCAAUAAUAAUGCGAGCUCAGGAGCUGGAGCGAACUUCUUAAAAGCGAAAUCUCUGGAUGGGGUGGUGGAGGAGAUUAAGGAGGAGUUUAGAACGGAUGUCCGAGACGCGCAGGUUAUGUUCGCAGCGAUCCGGGCGGCUGUGAUCGGGGCAGUUGAUAAUAUUUUCGGGUCUGCCCGGGAGCAGGCAGCGGCAGUAAAGCGGCGCGGCCUUCCAAGGCUGCUGGCAGCGAAGCGAUGGCACCACGUGGACCAAUGGAAGGACCCUCGGUCCUGGGAUGCACUCAGGUGGGUUGUAGCGGCGCUCUACCUCGCUGCUACAGUCGCCUUCUGCCGGUCGGCAGGUCGCUCUGUAGCUGGCAGUCUGGCGAGCCGGCCGGCGACUGUGGAGCAGUUCUUGGAGCACGCCAUCCCAGAACCCACCCCGGAGAACAUCCGCCUGGUGAGGGAGCAGCGGUGGCGGGCACAGGCUCCCCCAGGGCUGUCGGUGGUGAAGUGGAAGAUGGACCAGGAGGGGCGGUGGGUGAAGGACCCCUCGUUCGUGGGCGAGACGGCAUGGCAGGAUAAGAACCUCCUGGAAGGGUCAACAGGGUCAACGGCCACUGGGCUGCUGCCACCUGGCAGUGGCACCACCAGCACCAGCACCGGCAGCAGCAGCAGCAGCAGCAGUUGGAGGGAUCGGUUGCAGCGGUGGGAGGAGGCAGUGGUGGAGGGCGACAUCAAGGACCUCAUUGAGGAGCCCGGCAGCCGGUACGAGUACGUUUACGACUGGGAUCUGAUCCAGGCGCAGCAGGAGGAGGAGAUGGCAAGGCGGGCACGGGGGGAGGGCGAGGAGGAGAGCCCGGCGGUGUGGCUGCAGCGGCGGUGGUGGAAGCACCGGCCCGCCAUGCCGUACGUGUGGCUGCUGCGCAAGAUACAGACCAACGAGGUGGAGGCAGCAGUCUUUACAGCAGAUAUGAGGAGACUCUAUGUCACGAUGAAGGAGGGGUUUCCUGCUGAAUACAAGGUGGAUAUCCCAAUCGACCCCUUCCUCUACCCCUCACUGCUGGUGAAGGGAGUGACGGUCGACCUGCUGCCUCGCUCACGCCUUUUCUUCCUAAGGGGGGUGGCGGCGCUGCUGCCGUCGCUGGUGCUGCUGGGCGGCAUAGGGGCGGCACAGACGGCGUUCAAGAACCGCGUGGAUGAGAAGAUCCACGACUACGUCUACAUGGACCGGUCGCAGCUGCUGCUGCCCGAGGACGUGCACAAGGAGGGCAGGCGCAGUGCAUACGACGACGUGGUGAUGGCGGACGACAUCUGGGAGGUGCUGGAGGAGGUGAUGACGUACAUGCGCGACCCCAUGCGCUACCACUCGCAGGGCAUCAAGCUGCCCAGGGGCAUCCUUAUCAGUGGGCCUCCUGGCACCGGCAAGACCCUUUUGGCUCGCUCCAUCGCGCGAGAGUGUGGGCUGCCAUUUGUCUUCACGUCCGGGGCGGAGUUUGUUGACUCGACGUCAGAGUCGGGGCUGGAUAAGGUGUUCAACAUCUUCUUCACGGCGCGAGCUAACGCGCCGUCGUUCCUGUUUGUGGACGAGAUUGAUGCGCUGGCCGGCAAGAGCGUGCUCAAGGACCCCGAGAGGCGCGACGUGUACGAAGAGUUCCUGGCGGAGCUGGACGGCGAGGUGGAGCACACGGACGUGGACCGCUUCUCGCUGCGCCAGGCCGUCAUCCUCAUCGCAGCCACCAACCGACCAGACGAGCUGGACGAGGGCCUCACCAAAGCGGGGCGCAUCGACCGCGAGAUCCACGUGGGGCUGCCGAGCGAGGAGCAGCGCAUCGCCAUCUUCGGGGUUCACUCCAGAAACAGACUGCUCGCGCCUUCCGUGGACUUCUCCAAGGUGGCCUUCCGCACCAUCGGCUUCUCAGGAGCGGACAUCCGCAACCUGGUGAACGAGGCGAGCAUCAUGGCGGUGCGGCGCGGCCAUGCGGUGAUCGAGCAGGGCGAUGUGGUGGCGGCGCUGGACAAGCAGCUCUUCGAGAGCCUCGGGAUCUCCAUGACAGACGACGAGCAGCAGCGGCUCUUCGCCAAGGUCCCAGCGGAGGUGCGGCGAGUGCUGGCGGUGCACGAGGCGGGGCACAUCCUGCUGUCGCACCUCUUCCCCGCCUUCGACUGGCACGCCUUCACCCACAUCCUCCCGGGCGGCCAGGAGCGGGCACUAUCGGUGUUCUACCCGCGGCAGGAGAUGCUGCUCAAGGGCAGCACAAGCAUCGGCUACCUGCACAUGCAGAUGGUGGUGGCGCAUGGCGGCAUGUGCGCUGAGCGCCUUGUCUUUGGCGACGACCAUGUGACGGACAACGGGCAGGACGACCUGAUGAAGCUCUCAAGGAUAGCGCGGGAGAUCGCGAGCAGCCAUGCAAACCCACGUUUCGGCCUCAUGCCCAUCACCAUGCACCCCAUCAUGGAGCCACCGGGCUUCCCUGACGAAGUGGAGCUCAUCCCAUCCUCCUGGUCUCGCCCCGGCACGCAAGUGGCAGCAAUGUCGGUGGAAAUGUCUGACAUCUUCACACGGGAGGUCACGUGGAACAUUGAGCUUACGGAGCGCAUGGCCAUGGAUGCGUUGACGCGCAACAGAGCCAUCCUGGAAAAACUCGCCGACCACCUCGUGGAGCACUUCCGCAUCUCCGGCCUGGAGGCGGGGGAGAUAGUGCACUCCAUGCACCCGCACAUGCUGCCAGACCUUCUGGAGCCAGAGACAGAGGAGUCACAGGAGGACUCGGCAACACCUCCCGCAUGGGAUCCAGAGCAGCCGGGUCGAUACCAGUACCUUGACAUCUACCCCGCUCCCCUGCACCGGUGCUGAUACACGCUAUGAGACGCGCCGAAACAGUAGAUUCACAUCUACUCAGCUACACUCUCAACAUAUCUACACCCCAGGUGGUCCCUUAUACACACUUCUACAUCCCCGCUUACCAGUACCUUGACAUCUACCCUACUCCUCUGCUCAAGUGCUGGUACACGCUUGGAGGUUUGCUUCAAGAUUGCCCAAAAACAGUGCCCUGGCAUCCACCCUGCUUUCCUGCACAGAUGCAGAGGUGUGCGUUCGACGUAGGAUAUCACCCCUUUUUCGCACUGCGCGCUGCACUUACAGUCGUUUUCUCCACAACAUUGCCUUGAUACCUGGUAGACUCAGCUGUCCAGCCGUCGUGUCUGCAUGCAAUCUGUUGUAAGCAUGCUCCGGGAAAACUGCCCGCUUGCGCAGCAUGUGAGUGAGGUG